AUGGCAGUGGAGAAAGCCGUCAAACCAGUAGAAGCUGGUUCAGAUACUCUCACAGAGAAGCCGCCUCCUCCUAAAUACCUUGGAUUCAUUGCCGGUGUUUUUUCAGGAGUGACCAAGAACGCGGUCGGCCAUCCUUUCGAUACUGUGAAAGUUCGUCUCCAAACCUCCGAGGGCAGGUUCAAAGGGCCUAUGGAAUGUGUCUUGAACACCUUUAGAACUGAGGGAAUUCGUGGUUUUUACAAAGGCUUCACGCCGCCCUUGAUGGGAUGGAUGAUGAUGGAUUCUGUCAUGCUAGGAUCUCUCCAUUUGUAUCGUCGGUUGCUACAUGAAAAUGUGUAUCCAGAAUACAAAAAAUUGCCUAUGUCCGGUCUUCUCAUAGCUGCUUUGGGAAGUGGAUGGACUGUGUCAUUUGUUGCUGCUCCUAUCGAACAAUUUAAAGCCAGACUUCAGGUCCAGUACGAUGCCAAGACCACCAUUUACAAGGGCCCUUUAGAUGUUGCUCGCAAAUUGUGGAAGAUCUCGCCAAAAACUUGGUUCACGGGACUCUUUCCAACUAUGGUGUUUCGCUCCAACUUCAUCUUUUGGUGGGGUUCUUAUGACCUCAUGAAAGAGUGGGGAACCGCUAACACAUCCUUAUCCAACACGGCAAUCAAUUUCUGGGCUGGUGGACUCUCUGCGACUGUCUUCUGGAUUUUUGCCUACCCUGCAGACGUAGUUAAGCAGGUUAUCAUGACAGAUAGUCCUAUUCCUUCUGAGAAGAAGUUCCCACGCUACAUGGAUGCUGUGAGAUACAUUUAUAGAGAAAAAGGCUGGAGAGGCUUUACGAGAGGCUUUGGGCCCUCAAUAUUGCGGUCGUUCCCAGCCAACGCUGCUGCCUUGGCUGUGUUCGAAACCGUCAUGCACACGCUUCAUUAG